UCAUGCUGCUGCCAAGUCCAGAGUCUCUCAUGGGUCCCUGUACGGCCUCCCAUUGCUGCUGUCUCCAUCGCCACACUCUGCCAUGUGCCACUUUCAGGUCUCCUCACACUGCUGGUGUGUUCAAUUUUUUGACAUAGGGUGCUGGCAGAUUACGGGCCUCCCAUAGCUGCUGCCAGGCCCCUAAUCUGCCAUGGGCCCCUGUACCGCCUCCUCAUGCUGCUGCCAGGUCCAGAGUCUCUCAUGGGUCCCUGUACGGCCUCCCAUUGCUGCUGUCUCCAUCGCCACACUCUGCCAUGUGCCACUUUCAGGUCUCCUCACACACUGCUGGUGUGUUCCAUUUUUU